GCACGUCCGCACCGACGUCCGCACCGGGCUCCGCACCCGCGCCGCCUGGUCCAAGAAUGAGAAUUAAACUCAGUACCUGAUGCUUUUGCUCACUGGCUGGUGCUCUACCAAUUGAGCCAUGUCCCUAAACCCCCAUUGGAGAGGUUAAAAGAGGGAGGAGGAGAAGCAUUGGAACCUUCCCGUGGGCAUGGAGGUUUGAGAAGGAAAAGAAUUUGACUGAAACUUUAAAACUAUGGCCUCCUUUGCUGUCCUUCAGGCAACAUUCCUCUUAGCAUUACUGUCCUUGAAGACUUACCAGAGUGAAGUCAUGGAUAAACUUUCACCACUGACUCCUGUAUCACUUAGAAUUUCCUUCAAAUCUUCACUUCAACAUCUGGACUUAGAAUGGACUGUCCAAAACCUUCCACAUCACCAGGAACUAAAAAUGAUAUUUCUGAUAGAAAUCAGUAGAAUUAGAACAUCCAAUAUCAUCUGGGUGGGGAAUUACAGCACCACUGUGAAGUGGAACCAAGUCAUCCACUGGAGCUGGAAAUCCGAGUUGCCUUUAGAAUGCGCCACACACUUCGUAAGAAUAAAGAGUAUGGUGGACAAUGGCAUGCCGCCCGAGCUGAGUUCCUGGAGUGAGUGGAGUUCGUGGGAGGAAGUUCAUGCUCAAAAUCCUCUUGAACCUAAUGCAUUGUUUGUAUUCCCUAAACGGAAACUGGUGGAAGAGGGUGCCAAUGUUACUAUUUGCUCUAUUUUUGGGAGCAAUCUAAAAGAUAUAUUCUGUUAUUUGGAAGGUGAAACGAUUCAUGGAGAGCAACUUGACUCACAUAUACUGACAUUCGAAUUGAGUAAUGUUCCUUUUGUUAGAGUAUCAGGGAUGAAUUUCUACUGUAUGGAGAAGCCAACAAAUAUUACCGAUGGCAUUGUUCUCUUUGUCUCAAAAGUUCUUGAGGAGCCCAAGGAUUUUUCCUGUGAGACCCGGGACUUCAAGACUUUGAGCUGUACAUGGAGUCCCGGGGUGGACACUGGCUUAGGUUGGUCUAUGCAGCCUUCCCAAAGCUACACGUUAGUUGAAUCAGUCUCUAGGGAAAGGAAACAUUGUGAGCACAAAAAUGUAUGCAAUUGGAAAAUCACUCAAGAAUUGCAAGAAAUAUAUAAUUUCACUCUCAUAGCUGAAAAUCACCUAAGGAAAAGGAGUGUCAAUAUUUUUUUUAACUUGACUCAUCGAGUUCAUCCAUUGGCUCCCUAUAAUGUCAGCCUUGAAAGUAUAGAAGCCACACAAGCCACACUAAGAUGGAAUGUGCUCUACCAUGGAAAUCGUUACUCACUUUUGUGUCAGAUUGAACUUGAAGGUGAAGGAAAAGUAAUACAACAGUCCAAUGUGUCCGUUAAGGUGAGUGGUGAGGAAAUCUUCAGUGAACUGGUGCCUGACACAGAGUACCAGGCCUGCAUCCGAUGUGCUGGUGCAAGCCACUUCUGGAAGUGGAGCGAAUGGAGUUGUCAGAAGUUCAGCACAUCUGAGGCAGCUCCCUCAGAGGCUCUUGCUGUCUGGAGCACAGUGAGGGAAGAGAAUGGCAGUUGUAUUGUGAACUUAUUCUGGAAGCCAUUGUCAAAACUUCACGCCAAAGGCAAGAUCCUACACUAUAAUAUAAUUACAGAAAGUCUAGACAAACCACACAGGGUAAAACUGUACUCCGCUUCAGGACUAGCUAAUGACAUGAAACUAACCCUAGACCAGUGUGCUUACCAAAUUAAUGUCACAGCCAACAACAGUGCAGGCCAGUCCCCUGCAUCUGUCAUUGUCAUCUCUGGAGACUCUGGGAAAGAAGUUAAAGAGGAAAGAAUUCAACGUACAGAGGAUGGAUUCUUGGUGUCCUGGAAACCUCUAUCUGCAGACAACAUCAUAGGCUAUGUUGUGGGCUGGUGUGUGCGUCUCCAGGACCCACUCUGUGAUUUGCAGUGGAAGAACAUAGGACCCAAUACCACAAGUACAGUCAUCAGCUCAGAUGCUUUCAGACCGGGGAUUCGAUAUGACUUCAGAGUUUAUGGAAUAUCUACAGGACGGGUUGCUUCUUUAAUAGAGAAAAGAACAGGAUACUACCAGGAACUGACUCCUUCAAUGAACCCUCCAGUGACGGUGAAAAACUUGACCUCCCACUCCUUUGUUCUGAGCUGGACAGAUUACUCCACAAAUGACCAGUCAGGUUUUAUUCAAGGGUACCGUGUCUAUCUGAAAUCCAAAAACAGACAGUGCCAACCAGGAUUUGAAAAGGCGGUUCGUUCAGAUGAUUCAGUAUGUUGCAAAUACAACAUCAAAAACCCAGAACAAAAGACAUUCACUGUGGAAAACCUCCAGCCAGAAUCCCACUAUGAGUUUUUGGUCACAUCCUAUACGCGUGUUGGAGAAGGCCCCAACGGAACAUUCAGGGCAGUCACCACUCCAGAUGAACUCUCCUACACGUUGGUACAGAUCAUACUGCCCAUGAUUCUCAGUGUCUUGUUCAUCAUUUCUGUGUGUUACUGGAAAAGUCAGUGGGUGAAGGAGAAGUGUUACCCAGAGAUCCCAGAUCCUAACAAGAGCAGCAUCUUGUCACUGAUAAAAUCCAAGGAAAACCCUCAUUUAACAAUAAUGAAUGUCAAAGACUGCAUUCCAGAUGCUCUUGAAGUUAUAAACAAGCCAGAAAGCACCAAGGCACAAGUCAUGGGUACUGAGAAGCCAUUCUUGGCGGAGAGUGAAUUAACUGCCUACCUUUAUCCCUUGCAAAAAGAGCACUCAGGCCCUGGGCCCUGGAUCUGUUUCGAGAACUUUACUUACAAUCAGUCAGCUUCUGACGCUGGUUUGUGUGGUCACAUUCCAGUACCCUCAAAAGACCUACAGUGGCAACUAGGACUGUUGACCCAACCUGACAACUUACUAAAUGUGCUAGAAGGCAACUGUGAGCAACCUCUGAGAGAAAUCCCAGCUGGAGAAGCAAGUUUGAAUUAUGUGUCUCAACUGGCAUCACCCCUGUGUGGAGACAAGGACGGUUUUUCAAACAAUCCAACCAUAACCAUGCCAGAGCCCUGUUCAGACUAUAAAAUGCAAAUGGCGGUGCCACCAUGCCUUGCCUCACCUCUCCCAAGCGAAGAGGGCAGCUUGUCCUCAGUGGUCCUUUUAGAUCAAGGUGAACACUAUCAUUAACAGGAUCUACCCCACACAGACACUGCGAGUAGCAUGGUUGGCACCAUGCUACACCACAGGCUUUGGUCCUUUAUCCCAGUGAGCAGUCCCUGCUUGCUGGUCUGAUUUAUAUAAGAACACUGCAGUCUGGCUAGAUUAAACACUAGAGCUAUGGGACUCAGCAUUCCCUCUGGUAGGCUUACUUCAGAAAUAGCAGAUAAUGGGAACAUGCUGGCCUUGUUGCUGCUUAUUCCAGGCUCACCCUUAGCACAGUAUACUUUAACUUGACAGAAGGUUAGGCAUAGCCUAACCUUCCACAGUACGGAAUGGACAUAGCCACUAUUCAGGCCUUGCCCAUUCCGUACUGUGGAAGGGAGCUGUGGUCCUAGAAGCUCCAUUUCCCAUGAAAAAUAGUGUCAUUAAAUUUUACUCUGAUAUUUGAUAUCUUUAGGGUAAAGCAAUUAUGUUAAAUAUUUAAUAGGGACCACAAAAAGAUUUAUUACUGGAACAUACAUUGUCAACUCAAAUGUACUGUGUUUAAUGAAAAAGUUACAAAUGUUGGACACUAACAGAUAUUAGACUUGCUUAGAAAUUAAGAAUUUCUAGUUUGUUGAGUCAUUAACAUUAACUUUUAUUAUUAAUUUUCAUUGUUAUUAUAAAGGUGAUGUACAGAAGGGUUACUGUUUCAUAAGUCAGGUAA